UCGAGGAAACAAGAGUCAAUGGUGGAAACUCGCUCACGCAAGCGUGCACCAUCUUUGGUAAAUACAGAGUCUGUUCGGUCAAAGCGCACGAGACCGACUACAGAAAGACUGUUAAAGAAACGCAGCACCAAAAUAGUAUCUAGGCAAAAGCCUGAUGCACUAUCGGUCAACCUCCAAACCCGGCAAGUUCUGAAAAAGACCGAAAAUGCCAGCGCAGGAGCGUUUGCCGAGCCACAGCCAUCAUACAAACAGUUGCACCAGCAAUUGGUAAAAUUGUCGUCAAAUAAACGCGCAGCUAUACAGACGAAAUAUUUUCGAGUGGAAGAAUAUGAAGAUGAAGAUGUUUUAAUGGGAAUUACUGUGCCUGAUGUGCGUUCUGUAUCAAAAGACACGGGAUUCUUUGAUUACCCUCUGCUUAAGCAGCUUGUUCUAUCCAAAUACCACGAAGAAAGAUUGCUAGC